UCUCAUUCGCUGUGUAUUGGCGCGGAAGUUGCUCCAGGACAGUCCUUGUACUGUCAAUUAUUUUUUAAAACUAUUUUCCCUGAGACCCAGGACAACUUUUUUCCGUGUCUGUCUCUGUUUUAUUCACGAAGCCGUAUGCAGUAUUAGAUACUGGUGUAAUGUAAUGCACUGUGUUUAUGCAGACUGCUGGCGAGUCGUUAGCUCUGCAUUGUUUACUUUCCCUUUUUUUGUUUUUUGAGCUAGCUUUAACUUUGCCUAGCCUUUAGCUUGUGCUUAGCUAACUGUAUACAGUAAUCGCUAACUGGCUUAGCGUACUACAGAAAAAAAGAGAUCAUUUUAUACUGAAUUCUGUCUCCUUAUACAAAGCGUUUGAUUAUUUUAUUUCGGUGAAUUUGUUUGUGCUGGAACUAGCUAAGGAAACAGCUUGCUAGCUAACUUGAGGCGUUUAGGUUGCUAAAAGUUGACAUUCCUGUUGGCGAGCUGUUCAGCACAUCUGCUUCAGUGUAGCGUUUACCUAAAGGAGGGUUUUAUUCUCUAAUAUUAGAAGUGGAUUUAGUGAACAAAAAAAGCACGCACCAUGCUCGGCGGGUGUGGCAUGACACAGAUAGACAAGCUGGCCCUGAAGAAAAACUCAGUGGCACUUUGUAAAGAAUUGGUGGUGGACGAGAUGCUCAUUCAGUAUCUGCAGGCUGAAGACAUUCUCACAGAAGGCAUGGCAGAAACCAUUCUGGCAGAGACAACUUCCCAAAAGAGGAACUGGCGUUUGCUGACGCUACUCCCAAAACGUGGCCCCCGAGCUUUCAGCACUUUCUGCGCGGCUCUUAAAGACACAGCUCAGGAGCACCUCUCCAGCUUGCUUAUUAGGUUCAGAGAGAACAUACCUACAAAGAGUGAGAGUGAAAUGUCUUUCACACAGGACAGCUCACCUGCUAUGAAAAGGAAAGACGAGGAGAGGUUUGUAGACCCUAAACUUCCACUUUCGACUGAGGAGUGUGCAGUGCCUGCUAAAAGAGCUCGCACCCAGGAGUCUAUGGAAAUGUGCUUAGAUGCUGACAGUCCUCUGACCACUGCUGUACUGCCCUGCACACAGGAGUUCUACCUGUCUCACUGUACUCAGGCCUACCCAAUGAGCUCAACUCCACGUGGUCUUGCACUGGUGCUAAGUAACGUGCACUUCAAGCCUGAAUUAUCAGAGCUGGACACACGGAGAGGGGGAGAGGUAGAUGAGGAGGUGCUGAGGAGACUUUUUACUGAGCUGGACUUUAAAGUGAGCCUUCAAAAAGAUCUGACUGUCCAGGCCAUGCGGGCCUGCAUAGAGCAAUUUGCUCAGCAGCCAGAGCAUGCUGUGUAUGACUGCUGUGUUGUGUGUUUGCUGUCUCAUGGAGUGGAUGGCUCCAUUUACGGUGUUGAUGGGAAGCUGCUGGGAUUGGACUGGGUAUUUGAGAGGUUUGAUAACGCUCGUUGUACCCUGCUUCAAAACAAGCCAAAAAUGUUCUUCAUUCAGGCCUGUAGAGGAGAGGAGAUGGACUGUGGUGUGGACCAGUUAGAUGGUGAUGAUGCGAUGCAGCCUACAGGCUGUGAACAGAGGGAUGCAGGCAGAGAAGAGAACCAUGACCGACAGAACAGAGCAAGUGAAAUGAACGAGGGAGAGAGACUGCGAGUGAAACUUCCCCAGAGAUCCGACAUGAUCUGCGGUUUUGCUACUCUCAAAGGUUUCAGCACUGCUGCAAUGAGGAACACAAAGAAAGGCUCAUGGUUCAUUCAGGACCUCAACACAGCUAUGAGACAGAGAGCCAGAGACACACACUUAUCAGAUAUACUGGUGCAGGUGAAUAGCCAAAUUAAGGAGAGAGAAGGCCAUGCUCCAGGUUCAGCACACCAUCGCUGCAAAGAGAUGUCUGAAUUUACCAGUUCCCUCUGCAAAGACCUCUACCUCUUUCCCAAGUACUGCCCAAAUAACUAGACACACAGGCACUCAUGCAGUUCUGUGAAAAGACCAAUCCAACCCUGCAAUAUUUAGGAUUCUGAAAUGCAGCAAUAAAUGAUAGAAGGCUCAUUCCCUAAGAUACAAACAUCCAGACACAGAUACAUACAACUCUGUAUAUAGUAUUUGAUUCUUCUGGGCCAAUGACAGUUACUCAUUCCAGUUUGUUUUUCACUUUAUAUUCAAUUUAAAAUAGAAUUACACAUAUUUUAUACAUACUCUCAUCAUCCACUUUAAUAGGAACACAUGUAGACCUUCUCAUUUAUGUAGUUGUCCAAUCAGCCAUCAUGUAGUGGCAGCACAGUUCAUAAAUCAUGCAGAUACAGGUCAAGAGCUUCGGUUAAUGUUUACAUCAAAUUUCAGACUGGGGUGUGGAGGUUGGUGCUUGGUGGGCUGGGUUGAGCAUUACAGAAGCUGCUGAUGUCCUGGGAAUUUCACACACAACAGUUUCUAGAGUUAACAUCCUGUGUGUAGAGAGUCUGCUGGCUAAAACACCUUGUUGAUGAGAGAGAACAGGAAGCUGUGCUGACAGGAUGUCCAUAAUAAACUCAAAUAAUCACUCUUUACAUCAUGGUGAGAAAAGCAUUUUAAAAUGCACAAAAAAAUGCAUCCUGUUUUAUGAUCGCUCAGAUUAUUGUUCUUGGCUGAAAGAAGUGGAACCUGAUGUGGUCUCCUGUUGUUGUAGCCCAUCCGCUAUAAGGUUUGAAAUUUAUUUGUGACAGCUGAGAUGCCUUUCUCAAAGAGUGAUUAUUUGAGUAAUUAUAUCCUUCCUGGCUGAACAAUUUGGCCAUUUUCCUUUGAUGACUCCUAUUAACAAGGUGUUUCACCUACAGAACUGUCACUUUCUUUUUUUUGCUUUUGCGUCAUUCUGUGUAAACUCUAGAGAGAAAUUUCUGAUUAACAGUUUCUGAAAUACUAAACCAACCCAUCUGGCACCAACAUCCCUGCCACAGGUAGUCACAGAGACAUAGUUUUUCUUUAUUCUGAUGUUUGAUGUGAACAUUAACUGAAGCUCUUGACCUGCAUCUGCAUGAUUAUAUGCAUGUUGCUGCUGCCAUGUGAUUGGCCGAUUGGAAAACUGUGUGCAUGUGAACAGGUGUACAGGUGUUUCUAUUAAAGUGGCCUGUGGGUGUAUAUAUUAACAGAGAAAUCGUUUGAUGUGAAUCCAAGAAAAUGAGUACAUAACCAUUUGUAAAUAUCCCUAUUUUUUAUAUAUAUAUGUUAUCUUCAUGUAUUACAAAGCGUAAGCCAAUAUUUUGAACCUUUCUUAUAUUGUGUGUCUUUACUGGGAUUUGCCUUCAUAUGCAUGCAUACAUGCAUUAAUCACAAUUUAAGGAUGGUGUAUCCCUUUUUAACACUUUCAGAUCUAUUUUUGUUAGUUUUGUAGGAAAUAUGUGGACUCUGUACAGUUUUUAUCCUUUUAGUGAGUUUCAUUUUACUUUUUUUAGUUCAGUUUUUUAAAAAGUUUAUUCAGCUCAAAUGCUUUUGUGUCAGUUUUCAGGCAGGACCAAUGCCACAGUGAUAAGCACUUAUUCAGUACCUUCACUCCAUCAGACUUUUCUCCCCAUACUGUUUCAGUAAAUGUUUGAGUCAGUGACUGCACACUCAUUUGCAGUUCUGCUCGACUGAUCUGCAGUAUUUGUGGUGCAGCGUAUUGCAGUGUCUCCACUUUGUUCUUAUUUGUAUGGAAUAGACUAAUAUUUUAUUGAAACAUCCUAGACUUGGUCCAUAUUCAAAAGCUUUGGAGGAAGCAAUGAGUGUAUUGAUAUCAGUAUAGUCUUUGUAACAUCAUAUUACCACAUUAAUGGUCUAUUAAUCAGCUUACAUUCCACCUAUAAAUUUAGUUGAUUCCUUUUUGUUUGUCUCUCUCACCAGAGGGCAGUAGAGGUCUAGAAGUUGUGCUUAAAUCUACACUUUUUUUUUGUCACUCAAACUCCUGACUUAAGCCUGCAUUUUGGAAAGAUUGAGGACUUUAAUCAACCAAAUUCCACUAUAGCCUCAGAGGUGUUUUAAAGAUUCAGAGUGUUUUAUGGUCAGUACAGUAAUUGCCUCAGUCUACAGAUUUCCCUCACUCACUUCACUGAAUAGUGAAGGAGAAGAUCUUUCCAAAGCCUCACAUAAUGCAGAUUUAAUGCACACUUUAUUUUGCACACUUUGGCAUUCCUUGUGAUCCAAAUAGCAUAUGUCUGCCUGUCUUGUGUUUUCCUGCGUAAGUCAUGACUCUGUAACACAGUUUAACAUUUCAGGUAAACUCUUUUGUCAUAUUGUGACCCUUUUGCAUGCAAGCUACUUCAGCACGGCAGCAUAACUCAUAUAUAGUAACGGUAAUAUGUUAUCGAUUGAAGGGAGAUUAUCACAGACAUAAAUAUUUUCUAUAUUCUGCCAAGCAGACAUCUUUCUGGUACCUAAUUAAUAUUUUUUACACUGGAGAGAAAUUAUAGAGAGAAACUAACUUUUGAAUUGCACCAGAUCUUGUUCCUAGAAUUGAAAUACUUAUUGAUAAUGCCUUCCUUUUGUGCAGGAAGUGCAAAGAGGAAGUAUUUUAAUGUUACCCUGAAGUGUUAAAACACCAGAGAGAUCAAUCUCAGCAUUCCAGUUGAUAAGCUCAGAGCCGUAUUGAUUUCGUGUAUCUGUGAAUGCAGUUAUCUCAUGAUUCAAUUCCAACCUAGACCAAAUAGAAAUGUGCAGAAUGAUUUGUGUGUGCUGAAUAUGAUUGCUAAAAUAUUGAAAAACUGCACCAUUCUAGGAAAAAAAAUGUAAGCCAUCUUGAGUUUAUUAUAUGAUGUGUAAACUGCAGGACAUCCAAACCACUUUUUUUGGCUUUAAAAAACAAAAAAACCCACUUUUCCAUUCAGUCCCAUUGCUGAAAUGAUUUCUUACUAAACUUUUUAAAUUUUAUGACAACAAGAAAAUUGUAUUGUUAUACACUGCCGUCAAUGCUAUUCUAAGUCAGGAACAGUGCUGUGGACAAUACUGUCAAUAAUUUGUGAUAUUUUUGUAUAAAAAAAUAAAACAAAACUGUCUUUGAAUAAAAUUACAUGGAUGAAAAAUAAAUUUGG